AGUAAAAUUGGUUAGUGUUUGGGGUCUGUGGUAGUAUCAUAGUGUAUCUAGCUAAUUGAAUUAUCAUACCCUACUAGGCCGAUGGUUUGUGAGUUCAGUGCAAUAACUGAUUGGUGCUGUUCUGCCUUCUAACGUCAUCCUAAAGUAAUCAUUUUUUUUUAUCUGGCUGACCUUCCGUGUUGUUUGGAACUCUUCCGCAUUCGUCACAGUCAAAAUCCAGCUCACGACUGUAAACAUACGCCUAGUUAGCUGGUCGUGAACCUUAAACGGAGAAGAAUUUAAAUUUCCAAGAUCGAGAUUAAGGUAUUUCCGUCGCUGACCAUGAAGUUUAUGUAUAAAGAAGAACACUCUUUUGAGAAGAGACGAUCGGAGGGCGAAAAAAUAAGGAAGAAGUAUCCAGACAGAGUGCCAGUGAUUGUGGAGAAAGCUCCUAAGGCCAGGAUCGGGGAUCUUGACAAAAAGAAGUAUCUUGUACCGUCAGACCUAACAGUGGGACAGUUCUACUUCCUGAUCAGGAAAAGAAUUCACCUUAGGGCUGAGGAUGCCCUUUUCUUCUUCGUCAACAAUGUCAUUCCUCCAACAUCCGCAACCAUGGGGCAACUCUAUCAGGAGCAUCACGAAGAGGACUUUUUCCUCUAUAUUGCAUAUAGUGAUGAAAGUGUCUAUGGAGGAGACCAUACAAGAGACAUGUAACUAAGGCAGCAUCAUCAAUUACCAUGCCAAUAAAAACAAGGACAUAAAAAAGAUGCAUAAUGAGUCAUAUACAUAUAUGCAUAUUAUGAUCUCCCAAUGCCUCUAUCUACUUUUAGCUACUUUAUCUUUGUUCUAUAGCUGGGUAUUUUAAUUGCAGCCUUUGGCACCUGCACAUUUUAGAGUGUUACAGUCUGUUGUCUUCUGUUACACAUUAAUCUCGCAUUUGUUCAUCCCAGACCUGGCUAGCUUUGGAAGGAUUAUAUCUGCAUACACUAAUAAGGAAUAUAUUAAAACUUUGCUGUCAU